AUGAGUGGGAAGGGUAGAUCUACGAUAAAUGCAAACAGUGAUGCCGUACGAUGUGAUAAAGAGUCAACAGACGUUCAGUGUUUUUGUUGCGGAGUUUCGUUUGUUGUCGGCUUGGCUGAAGAAUCCUUAGAACUAGUAAAGGCAUGUAGUAAUGUCAAAUUUGUAUGUGACGGGUGUUUAAAGUCACCUUCAUUGGAGGACCAGGUCAUCAAAAGCGAUAAAAUUGGAAAUGCUGAAAUAUGUGACAAAAUAGACAGCUUAAGCAAAGAGAUUAGAUUGAAGAUAGAUGCAAUCAAAAAGAAGUUUGAAGAAAAUGAAAGCAAAAUGACUACAUUGGAUAUCCCUGAAUCAAAGCUCUGUAAUAAAAUUUUACGCCUUAAAAAUGAAAUGAGCAGAUCUUUCGCUAGUGUGGUAAAAGAACUUAUUUUCAAGAACAUUGUUAAAAUGAGGUCUGUGGGUGAUGGUCUGACUCGUGUUGGUCUGAGCCACGAUCUGACUGUUGAGCAAAGAACUGAACUUAAAAAAUUCUUGGAUGAUGCCAGGCGGAUGGAAAAAAUUCAACGGAGAAAUUUUAAUUUGGGUUUGCUAAAUAUCAGAUCAAUUGCACCUAAUGUUGAUGGAGUUUAUGGCCUAAUUAGUGAUGGGUUGGAUGUGCUGGUGUUGACUGAAACGUGGCAUGGCUUGGCUGGGAACAACUCUGUCAAUAUUGCUAAGCCACCGGGUUAUUCUUAUGUGGACUUUGUCACGCAGCAUGAUCCUGCUCAUGGAGGGGGAACAUUGGAUCUAGUUGUUAGCUCCGCUGAUUUUCCUAUUAUUAGUACUACGGUUUUUUUUCAUGGAGUUUUCUCUGAUCACAGUCUAAUAUUAAUUAAGGCGGCAAUUGCUAAACCACGUCGAAUAACAGCCAAACGAUUCGUUAGAUCAUGGAAAAAGGUUGAUGAAGAUAGAUUUGUUGAAGCAGUUUUAAAUUCUCCACUGUCUGGUUCUUGUCGUAGCAAUGAUGUUGAUGGUGAGAUAAAAAUUUUCAAUGAUGAGUUAAAGAGUAUCAUUGACAGACUGGUGCCUAAAAGGGUGAUUCUUGACAGAGAAGACGAGUUGAAAAGUGUCAUAUUCAGUUCUCCAACAAAAACAAGCUCACUUGAUUUCAUGCCGACACAUUUCUUUAAAAAAUACUUAGAUUUGUUUAUUUGCUUUCUCACCAGUUUUACUAACCUUUGUUUGAAAUGCCCCGUCUGUUUUAACCACUACGGAAGCACUCUGGGCGGUAAAUUAUGUCGGCAUAGGGGUAAGGUGAAAGGACAGGAAUGCUCGGGUUUCCGAAAAAAAGUUGGUCCACCGGGGGCGGGGCCCGUUUUGCCUCUCGCUGCUGCACCCGACUCCAGCCUAAGUUGUCCACACUCCUGUUACUGUGCUUUGAUAGUUUCAAUAAUACUAAACCAUAUAAGCACAAUCCCUAUCGGUGGAUCGACGCCGUAUCAUUUUGAAGUGAACAGAAGAACCUGUCCGCAGCUGCGGGUCUUCCCCGCAUUGGGACUAACGUCUGGUUGCGUUUCUCCCUCCGAGGUGCUGAAGGCCGUUAAAUUGUUCAAAAACGGUUUUUCCGGAGGCCUGGACGACCAACGAUCCCAGCAUCUUAAGGAUCUUUUUUUCGGCCCUUUGCCAAUCGACUACACAAUGAACUUUUUAACCCAAUUCAUUAAUCUGAUCCUAUCUAGAGCCUGCCCAUUCUCCGCCAAACGACAUUUACAAAACGUAACUAUAAUACUAUAUUUUAAGUAA